GGGCGGCUGCAGCGCCCCGCGGGGACCCGAGGCUCGCGGCGCCCAGCGCGGCUCGGAGGAAGAGUGCAGAUACACUCCAGUGAAACACUCCUCCAGGUGAAGAGGUCAGGGAUGCUCCAGUGUUUCUGGGUCCCAUUGAGCUAAUGAGUGUGGAAAGAGGAUAGACCGUGUUUGACACUGGUCCAGAGACGGUGCCCACAAGGAAUGCUGUUGAAGGCGCAAGCAAGGAAUGCGUACCCCAAGAGCUUCUCCUCAUCCUCAUCUUGUGGACCACUACUACCUGAGGGGACAAGACUCAGGAUUUUUCUGUCAGCUGCCCAAUAUUUUUGUGGAGCCUAGUCAAGAAUUUUGUCAUAGAACUGAAAAUGAUAUUUCAUUUUUGCAUCUUUAAAUCUCACUGCUUAUAGUCUUAGCUAUUUUUCCCUAAGAAUCUUAAGCCACGUUUGCUGCUAUUUUUUUUGUGUACCCUGAUCGAGAUGAUUGACUUAAGCUUCCUAACAGAAGAGGAACAAGAGGCCAUCAUGAAGGUUCUGCAGCGAGAUGCUGCCCUGAAGAGGGCGGAAGAGGAGAGAGUGAGACAUUUGCCUGAAAAAAUUAAGGAUGACCAACAGCUGAAGAAUAUGAGUGGCCAGUGGUUUUAUGAAGCCAAGGCAAAAAGGCACAGAGACAAAAUUCACGGUGCAGAUAUCAUCAGAGCAUCCAUGAGAAAGAAGAGGCUCCAAGUGGCAGCUGAGCAGAGUAAGGACAGAGCAAUGAGGGCAAAGGAAAGCUGGGUGAAUAAUGUCGACAGAGAUGCUUUCCUCCCCCCAGAGCUGGCUGGCGUCGUGGAAGAACCAGAAGAGGAUGCAGCACCAGCAAGCCCACGUUCUGAUGUGGUGAACCCAGCUUCUACUGUGACUGACACAUCCCAGGAAAAUGCAAGGAAGUCAGCUUUGUCUCCAUCUAAGCAAAGAAAGAAUCCAUUUAAUAGCUCCAAGUUGCCAGAGGAUCAUUUAUUGCAACAAACCAAAAAUGAGCAGUCAAAAGAUGGAAGAGCUGGUUUAUUUCAGAUUUCAAAACAGGGUGAAUUACCAGGAUCAGAAGCAAAAGCAUCUAACCCAGAUAGUUUAAGCCCAAAGCUAGAGAAUUUCACAAAGCUUGGGCCAACAAAGCCUGCGGAUGGGACCCAAAUCAAAGCUCCAAUUCCCAAAGCCAGAAAAUUGAUCUACAAAUCAAAUGGUGGAAAGCAAGACGAUAGCCAGUCUUUUCCUAGACAAAGGACGGACUCCCUGAGUGCCAGGGGGCCUCCAAGGGGGAUCCUGAAGCGCAACUCCAGUUCCAGUAGCACAGACUCAGAAACGCUCCGCUUAAAUUACAGUUUUGAACCCAAAAGCAAAAGUGUGCCUCCAGGCCUAACCAUCCCUGAGAGAAUUUCCGAAAAGGAACAUUCUUUCAAAGAUGACUCUUCCUUAAACUCCCUGGAGCCACUAAAGCAUGUGAGGUUCUCUGCCAUGAAGGACGAACUUCCACCAAGUCCUGGGCUUAGCCAUGGCCGGGAAGUGGGAGAAUUCCAGGUUUUAGAAUCUGACAAGUUGAAAAACAGAACAGAAGACUUAGGGGGUAUAGAUGAGUGUGGGGAUGACCCAAAGCCCUCUCACAGAAAACCUUCGUCUUUUCAUCCACCAGCAUCAAGCCCAAGUAUAUCCGAAAAUAAAACACAUCAGCCAGGGACUUCUGGUUUUGUUCACAGUACUGGGCUCCAUUCUCCCACUGAAGUGCUAACUGCACACCACCAGCUUGUUGAGAAUUUAUCCACCAUUGAUGAACACCAAGAUAAACCAUCAGAAUUAACAAGGCCUGAAUCAGAAUUGUCCAAAAUCUCCGCUGAUGAACUGUCCUAUUGUGUUGAGCCUGAGCCAUCUCAGAUACCAGAUCACAAUGUUAGACACCAUCAGCAAGGUAAGCCCCUUCUCACGGCUUUAAAUGCUGAAAUAUCCUCUUGUUCUGGUCCAUGUUCCACUGAGAUAAGGAAGACAACUGAUGAUUCCAUAUCUAAAGUCCUAGACUGGUUUAACCGAAGUUCUCAUUCAGAGGACAGUAAUCCAUCCCUCCAACCUCUCCAAGAAACAGAUCUCAGACCAAAAUCAAACUCAGCAUCACAAGCUACUAUUGCCAUAGUGACAGAUCACACUUGCCUAAAAGAAGAUGGCUCAAAGGCUGUACCAUCUACCAAAGUGAAUUUGAAACCUGUGAGAUAUGAUUCGACAUUCCAGGCACAGAGAGAGAUGCUGACUUCUGAAACUUGUCAAGAUAAUGAUGUCAAUAUCAAAUCUAACUCUAUGAACUGGUCCCAACAAGGCAUCCCAAAGGAAGGUCCAGAUAUAUUGCAGCCAUGCAGAAGCCACAGGACCCAAAGUCAAGGGAGUAAAAAUAUGGACUAUAGCCAAACUUCAAAGUGCAAAGGAGUAGGAAGUGGGUCACCUUCCCCAAAUGAUGACAACACCUUCAGUGUUGAUGCAAAAAACCAUGUUCCAUGCAAUACUAAGCCUACUGGAAGCUUGAAUAAAGAACCCAAACUUCCUGAAUCUGAAAAAAAUGAAGGAAACUCACAAGCAAAAUUUGACUCUUCAACAAUUGUUCAAGAACCAAAUUUGAUAAACCAAGUGAAAACUGAGAGAAAGAGCAAGAAAGAAAACACCUCUGGUCUGAGAGCUUCUGUAGAGACAGAGAAUAAUGACAUGCCUCUCAAGGUUGCCAACAGUGGCUCUCCCAGGAAGAAGCCCAAAGUCCAACUACAGCAAGAAGUUGGUGAGAUUCCCAAGACCCAAGUGCGGAGAGAAAGAUACAAAAGAGUGAGUGAAAGAAUAUCCUUUUGGGAGGGAGAAAAAGCUGGCGCAAAAUUAACUGAAAAAGCACACACAUCUUUGCGCAGCCAGGAACAAUUUCCCACUAACAUCCACCAGCCUGUGAAAUCACAGGUCAUGUCCAUGGACAAUUUAUCUUCAGGCCAGAAUGAAUGUAGUCAAGUCAUCGCCAAACGAGUAAUCCUUGAUGAGGAUGACCAAGCACCCCACCCCUCCAGCUUUUAUUCCUCAAAUAAACCUGAAAAGGUCAUGACUCCACUAUCAGGUCCAUCCAAAAACUAUCCUUCAGCUGACCAAUCAGAUGAACCAUCGUUGUUUCAGAAUACAAUGAACGAACACAGAAAGAGAUUGCCAAUGGAAGGCAGUUUGCAUUCUAGAAGAGACAGCUCUUUGCCAGUCCUGAAAUGCCCUUCAAAUAAUGGGAAUGAAAUGCAUCCUUCUUUGGAGAAAGACAGAUUUGUAAUUGACGAAUCAAAUGCUAACUUUAAAAUUUUGUCCCUGAAAGAAGGCAUAGAUGAACCAAAUGUAGAACAAGCCUAUAAUCACUCUCACUUUGAGAACUUGAGAAAGUUUUGGAACUUAGGAGCUAACCCAAACAAUAAAGAUAAUUAUGAAAAUACUAGAGUAAACCAAGAAAAAUCUGUGCCUUUUAGUAGUCAGAAAUCCAAGGAAUUCAAUGACCUUAAAGUAUCAGGAAAAAAUCCCCCUGAAAGAAAGACACAUUUAAGCCAGGAAAACAUUAUGGUGAAGGAGGAAAAGGAGAGAUUAAAUCCAAAGUACACAUCACAAGUGCUACCAGAUGAAACCACAUCUCCUCAAAAACCACCCAGAACAUUCACUUAUCAGUUGGUAGGAAAAAACCCUUCAAUAGAAAGUAUGGAAAAAACUAUGGAAUGGUUUGUUGCUCCAGUGAUUAAGAAAAAGGAUUACUUAGCUCAAGAGAUUCAAGAAUCCAUAGUGCAAACAAAUGCUUUGUUUAAAGACCACAAAGAUGCUUUGAAUGACCGCUUGCAGAAGCUGCUUUCGGAAGCCUCCACAGCAGCGAUCCAUCCAUCUCAUGGAGGACAAAUAAUCCAGAUAGAUGGUUCUGAAAACAAGGCAUGGUCUCCCAAGGAUUUUGCUGAUAGUGAGGAAGGUGCUGUAACACCAAAGCAGAGCUCUGAUGAGUGUGUCGACGACAUGGUACUUCCAGAGGUUGAACAGAACACUUUGGUUGCUAGUUUGGACAACCUUGUGAAGGAAAAAACUAGAACCUCACCUUCUCCCUUGCAAACCACAUUGGAACCUGUCACAAGAACCAUUUCCCAAUCUGAAGAUGUUGGAAUUUUUGAGAGGAGAAUAAAAAAGCAUCACAGCAGUUCAGCAGACCAGAGAGAGUUGAUAGCUCCUUUUCCAGAGGGACGUGAAGCUUUGGGAAGUAGCGCUGUCUCCCAGAAAGCUGAAGGAAGUGAGUGCCAACUCAACACAGAAAACAUGCUUCAGCUGGCUCAAGAAGGGCCCAAGACUGUUCAUUUUCACAGAGAGGGUUCUUUGGGGGAAGUGGCCAACUAUCCAUCACAUACGUCUUUUGGUUGGGAUGUUCAUCUUGGUCCCCAAGAUAGGGCAUUGACUUCUCACAGGGAAAUUUCAGAGACUAUAGAGAAAGUUGUUCUUCCAACCAAACCUGCACUGAAUGACAUAACAGCUGCAUUGCAGGGGUUACUUAGAGAAGCUUGCUCCAGGGAAUGCAUGCCUGGAGAAGGGAAAGCAGAAUUUCCUGAAGGAGGACAAGUAGGUGGUAGUCCUCCAAACCCUCUGGACAUCAUGAUGCAGAGGACCACCAUGAACACUGUUCCAGACCGGAAGGACUUUGAUCCCGUUCAUGGAGUUCCUGAUAAAGCUCGUGAAGUUGGCCCUAAUCUAUCUUCUCUAGUAUCUCUAUCAGAACAACUCAUUAGUUCAUCUGUUCCCACUGUAGCUCAGAAUAGCAAGGACCUACCUCAGGAAGUGACAGAAAUUGUGAGGGAAAAAAUUAUCCAGCCCAAAUCAGAGUGCCUUGAAUUCAGGGCUGGCUUAGAAAAUCUACUGAAGGAAACUCUUGAAACCUCCCUCAGAAUAUAUGAAAAGGACAAAGGGGCUCUUUAUCUAUCAGAGGUAGUAGGUAGUUGUGAUAUGCCCAAGCAAGCUGCUUCUGACUUCCAUCCUAAGGAAAUACGAGAAACUGUAGAAAAGACUGAGGCCCCAUCAGUAACUGAGAAUGCUCUUGAUAGUGGGCUUGAGAAACUCCUUAAAGAAAUAUCUGAAGCUCCUCUUCAGCUCCAGCUGUUGAUGGUGGGAGAAACUCCUGAGAAGGAGCCCUCACAGGAGGCAGGGAUAAAGCCCAAUUCUUAUGAGGAAGCACCAGGAACCUCUAAAAUGAAGGUUAAAAGUAAAGGUUUGCAAUCUCAAAUCAACCCACGUCAUAAACUAUUGGAAGGAGAUGAAGCCCUGACUGAGCCAUCAGUAGAUGUGCAAAGUUAUACAAGUGGAGUUGAGGUCCCUGAAACCUCAUUAACAAUGACCCUUAGUGCUAUAAGACCCCUAGAAGACAAGAACUGGGGAAGUAAUGAUGCAGAGGGUCCAGGGGCUUUUCAGGAGCUUAGCUUUGAAGAGGUUCCUAAAAGAAUGAGUAUGUCCAGAAAUCAGCAACCCAGUCCUCUCCUGGCAAACAGAGAGAGCCCAACAAAAAUAAGCAAAGUUGAACUGAUGCUAGCAACACUAUAUAAGAGACAAGACAAUGGACAAGGAAUAGACAUUCCCUCUGAAUCUGACUUUUUGGAUGGAAACGCUGCUUCUAAUGCAGACAGCUGGAGAAAUACCUCCAGUUCAGAAGGAGAACCCAGUCCUGUUUUGAAAACUUUGGAAAGGAGUGCUGCUAGGAAAAUGCCUUCCAAAAGUCUAGAGGACAUUUCAUCAGAUUCAUCAAAUCAAGCAAAAGUAGAUAAUCUGCCAGAAGAAUUAGUGCGUAGUGCUGAAGAUGAUCAAAGAGCAGAGCAGGAACCAGAUACAAAUGAAUGCAUACCAGGAAUCUCCACAGUGCCUUCACUACCUGACAAUAAGUUCUCCCAUUCUGACAAACUCAAAAGGAUGAGCAAGUCUGUUCCGGUAUUUCUUCAAGAUGAGAGUGAUGACAGAGAAACAGAUACAGCAUCAGAAAGCAGUUACCAGCUCAGGAGACACAAGAAGAGCCCGAGCUCAUUAACCAAUCUUAGCAGCUCCUCUGGCAUGACAUCCUUAUCUUCUGUGAGUGGCAGUGUGAUGAGUGUGUACAGUGGAGACUUCGGCAACCUGGAAGUCAAAGGAAAUAUCCAGUUUGCAGUUGACUACGUGGAGUCCCUGAAGGAGCUGCAUGUUUUUGUGGCCCAGUGUAAGGACUUAGCAGCUGCAGAUGUUAAGAAACAACGUUCAGACCCAUAUGUAAAGGCCUAUUUGUUACCAGACAAAGGCAAGAUGGGCAAGAAGAAAACACUUGUAAUGAAGAAAACCUUGAAUCCAGUGUAUAAUGAGAUAUUGCGGUAUAAAAUUGAAAAGCAAUACUUAAAGACACAGAAGUUGAACCUGUCUGUUUGGCAUCGGGAUACGUUUAAGCGCAACAGCUUCCUAGGGGAGGUGGAACUUGACUUGGACACGUGGGACUGGGACAACAAACAGAACAAACAAUUGAAGUGGUACCCUCUGAAGAGGAAGACAGCACCAGUUGCCCUUGAAGCAGAAAGCCGAGGUGAAAUGAAGCUAGCUCUCCAGUAUGUUCCAGAGCCAGUCCUUGGUAAAAAGCUUUCUACAACUGGAGAAGUCCAUAUCUGGGUGAAGGAAUGUUUUGAUCUUCCACUGCUAAGGGGAAAUCAUCUGAAUUCUUUUGUUAAAUGCACCAUCCUUCCAGAUACAAGUAGGAAAAGUCGCCAGAAGACGAGAGCUGUAGGGAAAACCACCCACCCUAUCUUCAACCACACCAUGGUAUACGAUGGGUUCAGGCCUGAAGACCUCACAGAAGCCUGCGUAGAGCUCACAGUCUGGGACCAUUAUAAAUUAACCAACCAGUUUUUAGGAGGUCUCCGGAUUGGCUUUGGAACAGGUAAAAGUUAUGGUACUGAGGUGGACUGGAUGGAUUCCACUUCAGAGGAAGUUGCUCUCUGGGAGAAGAUGGUCAAUUCCCCCAACACAUGGAUUGAAGCAACACUUCCGCUCAGGAUGCUUCUCAUUGCCAAGAUUUCCAAAUGACCCUAAUCCAUGGCUCCUGCACUGAAAACCACUACACAGGUGGAGUCUGGUCUGCAAAAUCUGACUGCAUGGGCAAAGAUCUUCAUCUGGUGCCACUACCCAGCAUGCUAAAAUCAAUCUGCAUGUGUUUCUCUAAUUAAGAGCUUAAUGGAGGUUAAAUGAUGACAAGAUGUGUGACAUGCGUGACUUAAGAUGCCAACAUUUGAGAAGAUACUGGGACAAGCUAGGAAAACUGAACUUUUGCAAGAGAAAGCCACCAUUUCACACUACAAUCUUGUGUUACAGUUAAAACUUGCCACUCACUUAUUAAAAUGUUUGCAGGAUUUAUAAGUAGAGGUCGAGGGGAAAAGCAACAGAAAGAUGCUUUUGGUAUCUCCUGGUAGGGAGAGGAAGUACAUCAGUGAUGAUAUGGAACUACAUAAUAACACAACUAUUUACUCUAUUAUCUCUAAUAAAAGAAUGGAUUUCAUCUUGGAGCCCUAAGACUGAAUUAACUAUGCACGUCUGUCCUGAGAAACAGUCUCAAGUGGACUUUGGUGCCACCCACUGGCCACAUAUAGAAUUCAUUUUUUUGGCUUAUUUUAGCUUAAUUCUGUCCUAAAAUAAAUUCUGUCUCAAGCCUGUAUUUUAUAAUAGAAUGUACUAAAAUUGCAUAUGUAUGAUUGUGUUUCUUUACAAGUUUACUAAAUUAAAGCAGCUUAAGAUAGUUACAGACAUGCUUUGCAACAAAGUUUUAGUUAGAAUAUAAAUUGUUCAAUUUUACUGUACUUCUAUGUAUAAUUUUCAUAAGGUUUUUUUUAUAAAAGCUCAAAAUAAAUUAUCGUAUGAUUUGAAAUGUA